AUGGCUAUCUCGCGUUCAGGGCCUUCGUGCCGUGAAAUGGACAACACUGUCCGCGUUGGUAUGGGUAAUUGCCGCGGAGGAUUCGACUUUUCGCUUUUGUUCGAAGAAACUAUCUUGGGGAUUCUGCCCAUCUCAUUAAUCCUAAUCACUAUUCCUUUUCGCGUCUGGCAGCUUUCGCAAAAACGGCGCAAAGUUGUCGGCUCAUGGAUGCUUCCUGUCAAACUGGCUGCUUGGUUCUUUUUCCUCGGACUUCAAAUUGCUCAAACUGUCCUUUGGGCUAUGCCCGAUGCCGAUAGAACUUCGGUUUCGGUUGCGUCCAGUGCUGUUUUGAGUGUUGGAACACUAUUUCUGGUUGUGCUCUCUUAUUCAGAGCACACGCGAUCUGUCCGGCCAUCGUUCAUCCUAAACGCCUACCUUCUCUGCAGCCUGCUAUUCGAUGUCGCGCACGUCAGAACCCUGUGGCUACGGUACACGAACACGUACAAUGAAGUCAUUGCAGCUGUUACUACAGUUGCCAUCGGCGUCAAAACGCUCCUGGUUGUUUUGGAAGCCGUUGAGAAGAGAGACAUCCUGAAAACCGAAUUCGCUGGUUACCCUCCUGAGGCUACAGCUGGAUUCUACAACCGAGCACUGUUCUGGUGGUUGAAUCCCCUCUUCCGCAUUGGUUACAGAAAUGUCUUGUCCAUUAAAGACCUCUUCGUUUUGGAUAGGGUGUUGAGCUCGGAGAGGCUUCUAGCCAUGUUCGAAGAGCGAUGGAGCAAAGUAAAAUCAAAAUCGCCCAACACUUUGCAAUUUCAGUGUUUCAAGGCUGCCAAAUGGCCCCUUCUGGCUGCCGUUCCUGCCAGAGCCUGCGUCGUGGCAUUUAACUUCUGUCAGCCGUUGCUUUUGACGCGGUCGCUUCACUUCUUCGACGAACCAGUGAACAGCGCCACUAAUAACACUGGCUAUGGCUUGAUCGGAGCUUACAUCCUGGUCUAUACCGGUCUUGCAAUUGCAAUGGGCCAGUACCAGCACAUGACUUACCGUGGCAUUACUAUGGUGCGCGGUAUUCUGGUCACGAUGCUCUACAAGAAAGCCAGCAGUCUGAGCCUCAAUGAAGCUGAUCCCGCCAACUCACUCACUUUGAUGAGCGCUGAUGUGGAGAGAAUUACCAAUGGCUGGCAGACUAUGCAUGAGAUCUGGGGUAAUACUUGCGAGAUGGGAUUGGCAAUAUUCCUGCUGGAGCGACAGCUGGGCAUUUCUUGUGUGGUUCCCGUUUGCGUUGCACUGGUGGCCUUGGUUGGCUCUCUUGUGGCACUGUCCUUCGUUGUGUCGCGUCAGGCCAAGUGGCUUGAAGCCAUUGAGCGACGCAUCUCAUCCACCGGAAGCAUGUUGGGAUCCAUCAAGGGCGUUAAGAUGCUGGGCCUACAGGACUCCUUCAUGAAGUUCGUGCACGGCCUGCGUAUUGAGGAACUGGACAUCUCCAAGAAGUUCCGUACCCUCCUUGUCUGGAACAUGGGAUUCGCCUGGUUGACUCGCAUUUUUGCUCCGAUUGUCACCUUCGGCGUUUACGUCGCUAUUUCCCCUAAUUCACUGACUGUCUCAAGAGUCUUCACCUCGCUUGCGCUCUUCUCUCUAUUGUCUGAUCCUCUUCUGAGCUUGGUGAUGGCUCUGAUGUCGUUCUUUGGUUCGGUCGGCUCAUUCGUCCGUAUUCAAGAGUUCUUGGACAAGGAAGAACACGUUGAUCACAGACGCGAUGUCCCUCGCAUCCCUUCUCUUGAGGACCUGGGCGAGGCUAAGCUUCUCUCCAAGUCGGGCGACCUAGAUCUCUCGAAGUCGGGUGACCUGGAUCUCUCUAGCAACUCCGGAUCUGUGGAGUCCUUCAAGCGCGGAUCUACUUCUUCGACGUUGUCCAACGCGGCUACCAUCCAAAAUGGAAGCUUCUCGUGGGAUAUUUCUAAGGAGCCUGUGCUCAAGGACAUCUCGCUUACUGUGCCUCGAGGCAGUUUUACUAUGCUUAUCGGACCCUCUGGCUGCGGAAAGUCUACACUACUCAAGGCUCUUCUUGGAGAGAUUCCUUGUGCCGAAGGAAAGGUUUCGUUGUCUUCCCCCAGUGUGGCGUUCUGUGAUCAGACCCCAUGGCAUAUGAAUGGCACCAUCAAGGACAGUAUCGUUGCCAUGUCGGAGUACGACCCCAAGUGGUACGCAACGGUGAUUCAGGCCUGUGCGCUCGAAGAAGAUCUUGGUCAAUUCCCCCGGGGCGACGCAAGUAUUAUCGGAAGCAAAGGCAUCGCUCUCAGCGGUGGUCAAAGCCAGCGUAUUGCUCUCGCCCGCGCUGUGUAUGCCCGCAGAAAGAUGAUCAUUUUGGACGAUGCUCUCAGUGGUCUUGAUGCCACCACUGAGAGCCAUAUCUUCCACUAUCUGUUUGGUCACUUUGGACUUUUGCGAGAGACUGGCACUUCCAUCAUCAUCGCCUCUUCAUCCGUGAAACGCCUUCCAUACUCCGAUCACAUUGUGGUUCUGGACCCCACCGGUCGCAUCAUUGAGCAAGGCAGCUUCAGCGCUCUGAACAAGACUGGCGGAUACGUGUCGAGCUUCGGCCUCGGUGGCCCCGAUUGGGAGUACAAGUCGAAGCGGUUCUCCGAGUCUCCCAGCAGCAGCACCUUGGACUCGGUUGACAAGGAGACGCAGCUUAAGGAGAAACAGCCUCUGGCUCCCGAGCCAGAGCAUCGUGAAACUGGCGGUGACCUGUCCAUCUACACAUACUACAUCAACGCUAUCGGCUGGGGUCCCGCAAUGGUAUUCAUUGUUGCCAUGGCCGUCUUUGUUUUCUGCCUCUCGUUUCCUAGUAUUUGGUUGAAGUGGUGGGCCCGAUCUGACACGGCCGAGCCCAAGCAGCACGUCGGCUACUACUUGGGCAUCUACGUGAUGCUGGGUGUUGCCGCUAUGCUUGCUCUCAUCCUUGGCUGCUGGCAAAUGAUUAUCACCAUGGUUCCAAAGUCCGGCGAGACCUUCCACCGCAAGUUGUUGACUACCGUACUCAGUGCCCCGAUGCUGUUCUUCUCUACUACCGACAGUGGGGCUAUCCUCAAUCGAUUCAGUCAAGAUUUACAGCUAAUCGACAUGGAGCUUCCCAUUGCCGCCAUCAACACUGUCGCUACUUUCUUCCUCUGCUUGGCUCAAAUGGUACUGAUUGCUGUUGGCUCUGAAUAUGCAGCCAUCUCUUUCCCUCUCGUGCUCGGUAUCCUGUUCCUCAUCCAGAAGCUGUACUUGCGCACUUCCCGCCAGCUCCGUUUCCUGGAUCUUGAGGCUAAGGCCCCGCUCUACUCGCACUUUACCGACUGUCUUCAGGGACUUGUUACCCUACGCGCCUUCGGAUGGCAACACGGCAUGGAGAAGAAGAACAUCGAGCUCCUGGAUCAGUCUCAGAGACCUUUCUACUUCAUGUUUGCCAUUCAGCGAUGGUUGACCCUGUCACUUGAUCUCCUUGUCGCCGGCAUUGCGAUUCUCCUGAUUGUCCUGGUUGUUAUUCUCCGUGGAACCAGUCUCGGCGCUGGCUCCGUGGGUGUUGCGCUUCUCAAUGUUAUCCAGUUCAGCCAGAGCAUCAAGCUUCUGGUGACUUUCUGGACCAACCUGGAGACCCACAUCGGUUCGAUUCUACGCAUCAAGCAAUUCACUCAGAAUGUCAAGUCCGAAGACCGGCCGGGAGAGGAUGGCGACGUUCCUCCCAACUGGCCACAAAAUGGCGCGGUGACCUUCCACUCAAUUUCCGCCGCCUACAGGCCCGAAGAGCCGGUCCUCAACGAAGUCUCACUUUCAGUGAAAGCAGGAGAGAAAGUGGGCAUCUGUGGGCGAACAGGAAGCGGCAAAACCUCAAUGAUCAUGAGCAUCUUCCGCAUGAUCGAGAUGACGAGCGGCACGAUAACCGUGGACGGCAUUGACAUCACCCGACUUCCACGACGCGAAAUUCGCUCACGCAUCAACGGAGUCUCACAAGACUCACUCCUGUUCAAGGGCAGCGUGCGCGUCAACGCCGACCCAGCGGGGUCACGCAGUGACCAAGACAUCCUGAACGCACUCAAGUCCGUAAAGCUCCUUCCUGCAAUCGAAGAGAAGGGGGAUUUGGACACCGACAUCGACGAGAUCCACCUGUCGCACGGCCAGAAGCAGCUCUUCUGUCUUGCGCGGGCGCUCCUUCGCCCGGGCAACAUCCUCAUCCUGGACGAGGCAACCAGCAACAUCGAUACCAAAACAGAUGAAAUCAUGCAGCGGGUCAUUCGCGAGAAGUUCUGCAAGCACACCAUUCUUUCGGUAGCGCACAAGCUCGACACGAUCCUUGAUUACGACCGGAUAGUGGUGCUGGACGCCGGGCGGAUCGUUGAGACCGGCGAGCCAUAUGCACUCCUAAGCGAACCCAAGUCGCACUUCAGCAAGCUGUACUCGAAUGCGCUGGCGGCCGAGGACGACGAGUAG